UUUUGACGUUUCGAAAACCUUGAAAAACAAAUUUGCAAUCUUCAUGCAAGUUGGUUUUAAUUUUUUGGUGAAUAAUUAAUAAUUGUUAACAAUAAUUCAUGUGCACUGAUAAAUUGAAAUGUUUCUGAUGUGUAUACUUUUGUAAAGGGAGCUAAAUCGCUUCCUGAUCUAUAAAAAAUACUAAAAUUUACCUAUGUAAGUAUGCAACGUUGGUUUUUUUUAGAUGAACGUAGUAGAAAACAGAGAUUAAAAAUUCCAAAGAGAAUGUCUGUACCACCGCCAAAGAAACAGGAAAUAACUUCUCAAUCUUGGCUGUUUUCUGUAACUGUACCAAAUAUUUUAUCCAAAGAAAAAGUAUAUAUAACAGGAAGCACUGCUGAACUUGGUGAGUGGGAUUUCAAUGGUAUUGUUGCUUUAAAUUAUGAUGAAAGUACUAACAUAUGGUCUAAAUCCAUCAUAAUACCCAACACUCACGAUGUAUUCUAUCGUUACAUAGUGUGUGCAUUUAAUGAAGAAGCAAACAAAGUUACUGUCAAUCGCUGGGAGAACCAUGUUGGACCUAGAGUCAUUAAAGAAAACAUGUUGCAUCCUGUUAUUGAUAGUUUUGGUGACUAUGAUGGUAAGCAGAAACUUAUAAGGGGCUGGCUAACAUCACAAACUCUUGUACAAUUAAAGUUUUUUAACAAUCCUUUAAAACUUAAGAGCCGUCUUAAUGACAGAGUGGUACAGAUAAAAGUAACACCAGUGAAGUUGAGUUUUGGGGUUGAGCCUCAUAUUGAAGAUUCCUCAUUGAGUGCUGAUACCGUGGACAAUGAACCUCCUGCUGGGGUAUCUGUAGAAGUUGCUACGUUAGAUAAUGAUCUAGUACUCUGCUCCCUGCAGCCCCAGGAGCAGUUUGGUCGGGAAUAUAAAACCAAUGACACCUUAUUAGUAAACAUAUAUGCUCCUAAUCCUCAAAAUAUUGCAUAUCUUAUUGAUUUUUAUACAUACAGCCAUAGAGCAUCUGAUGAAGACCCACCAUGUCAUAUUGGAUAUACGUAUGUGCUUCCUAACAUGCUUCGACCUUCUGAAGGCUGUUUAGAACUCCCAGUUACAUGUAACAUUAAACAUCGUCCUCUUGGCACAAUUAAUUUUGAUUACUUGAUUAUACAACCUAUGGAGGAGAACCUAAAUAAUUUUGAAGUGUCAUAUGCCAAACAUUGGCAUCCAUCCUGGACUGGGCUUGAAGUUGGACACAGGGGACUUGGAGCCAGCUUUAAAACAAAAGAGGGUAAUGCAAUAAGGGAAAAUACAAUAGCUUCUCUUAAGAAGGCAGCUGCCAGCGGGGCAGACAUGCUUGAAUUUGAUGUGCAACUUAGUAAAGACAUGAUACCAGUCAUAUAUCAUGACUUCCAUGUGUGUAUUUCCAUGAAACGAAAAAGAGAAGUAGAUUACUCUGAGAUGCUUGAAUUGCCUGUAAAAGAUUUGACCUUGGAGCAUCUUCAAAAGCUUAAGGUCUAUCACUUAGUUGAAGGUCGAAAUCACGAAACUCUAUUUUAUGAUGAAGAUUUAGAAGAACAUCAACCAUUUCCAACUCUAGAACAAACUCUUAAGUCAUUAGAUGAGCAUGUAGGCUUUAAUAUUGAACUCAAAUGGACCAUGGAGUUGAAAGAUGGAACGUUUGAAUUGAACAAUCCAUUUGACAUGAAUACAUAUGUUGAUAAGGUGUUGGAAGUUGUAUUGAAAUAUGCGAGCAAUCGUCGCAUCGUGUUCUCUUGUUUUAAUCCAGAUAUUUGCACAAUGGUGCGGUACAAACAAAACAAAUACCCAGUGAUGUUCUUAACCAUUGGUGUAUCGAAAAAAUAUCCCCCAUACCGCGAUCCAAGAUGCCUAUCCAUCCCAGCGGCCGUUCAGAAUGCAAUAAGUUCAGACAUUCUCGGUAUUGUGGUUCACACUGAAGACUUACUCAGGGAUCCGACACAGGUUAAGUUAGCAACUGAUGCUGGUCUAGUAAUUUUUUGCUGGGGCGACGAUAACAAUGACAAGAAUACAAUUAAAAAGCUAAAAGAGAUGGGUCUACAUGCCGUUAUAUAUGACAAACUAGAUCAGUACAUUACCAAGGAAGUUAAGGAGUCCCUUUAAUAAGGUAUCGUAAAUUAUGAAAAGUCAUUGCAACGUGUCCUAAUGUGAAACGAGAUUGAUAGUUGAAAUAUUUGUAUGGAGAAUCAUUAGACAUUUCGACAAAAGUUCGCUAGGGGGCACUCUUGCGCUUACAAUAUCAGUUUUCUCCGGUUUGGAUAAUAGAUUGUAAAAAAUCAUUGUUGGCUCACGGCUGUAGGUACACCAAAUCUUUUUUACUAUGUGCAAAAUUAAUCCGUGGUGGAGAAAACUUCGUAAGGAACUCGGCAUGCCUAAGAUCUUAAAAUCGACUGUGUGUCAGACACAGGCGGCUGGUCACUUGCCUAUUAAGAAAAAAAAUAUCACUUAACAGAUGCUAAAGUCUGAGGCCUAAAGCUAGAUGUUGUAGCGCCACUGAUUCUUUUAUAGGCGCGUUUUACCACUUGCACAGAGACAAAUAUUAAAGUAAUAAUACGUUUAUUCAAAAAAACUUAUUCAAUCUGAUUACACAGUUGUUACAAACGCACUGAUCUGUCCCUUUUCAUCAUAGAGUAAAUGCAAUUUGUCGGACUGAGACGAACAGUGCAAUAACACUGGUUUGUUUACUUCAAUUUUAAUGAGUAAGGGGUUCAGCCUCCACAUUCAACGUAACAGUUGAAUAUGUAAUAUUUUACUUAUUCAACUGUUAUUAAAAAUAAAACUAUUUAUUCAGUUGUAAAUUGUAUAGUUAUAUUCAUCUUAACUUAUUAAGUACAUAUGGGACGGAAUGUUAUUACAUCACAUUCUUAUAUGCUUCAGGCACCAUAAACCCAAGAACAUUCUACAGAUACCUUAAUCGUAAUAAAUUUAAAUAUAAACUACAUAAUAACCAAUGGCUCAACUUUUACUGUUAAAACUUUAUGACUGAAAGUAAGGAAAUACAUUUUUUUAUUAUGCAAUGUUACAUUAUUUAUUAGUAUUAUAAAACUGUUUUACAGUUAUCGAUUUUAUGUAUAUUAUAAGCAUUAAGUUCUUGGGCCCUCAAGAGCGCGGCCACACGAUGCGGUAACGGUGCGGUGCGGCGCCGGAGCGGUGCCGCAACGUCAUCCAACAUACAAAUUAGUAUACCAUGUCACACGACGCGUCGUCGCACCGCAAGCGCGCCGGAGUUGUGACCUGCGAGACGAGGCGGGAAGGGGUAAAAUAUAUUGCCACACCGCAACGCCCGUAUGGCACCCUAUAGCUCGAAGUAAUUGCGGUGCGGUGCCGCACCGCACCAUUACCGCAUCGUGUGGCCGUGCUCUUGCUAAUAAAAAUUAUGUUAGUUUUUCUAAAAUAUAUUAGGUAACGUAAGACAUGAAGUAAAGUAGCCAUGGUAACAAAUAAGACAUUUUUAUUGUUUUGUAAAUUAUAAGCCCAUUUAAAGCCAUGUACCAACUUUUUCCAAUUGUCCGCAUGAUUUCAGCAGUUGAAAUUACAGAAAUGUAUUGUGUUUGUUACCAUAAUAUAUCAAUAUUUUAUGGUAACAAUCGGCACGUAACUUGGCAACAUUUUGUCGCGGUGGGGAAUAGUUCGCGUAUGAACAUUAUAAUGAUAGGACCUAAAAACA